UGAUGCUGUUUAAGCGGUAUUUUGUUAUGAUCUAUCUAAUUUACCAACGCAUAGUUCCGCUUUUAGUUGAUGGCUACAUGAGUAUCAUUGUUUUAAGCCUCUCGAUUUUCACCCGAAUCAAACAAGUCGUUUUCCAGUCGUUUCUUUGUAACUUCAGUCCUUCCCAUAAUCCUUAUCGAUAAAGACUGGUUUUCAAGACAAGACAAAAGUGACGCCGUUCAAUCCCACAAUCACUUGCACCAUCAUGUCUUUACCAGCAUUUCUAGAGCCGACGUUCCUGUUGAUCUCCGCCAAGAAACGAGUUUUAUAAACAUGGCUUCUGAUCUAAUUCGCUCAUAUGGAAUUACGCUGUUUAUUAUUGGCAUCAAACAAGCAAAUGCAGUAGAAAAAUUGUCCUAUUUUGUCAUUGUAGAGCUUGGAUCGAAUAAUUGAGGUGAUGCGAAACAUUGGAACAGUACUAGGUGCUGUCAAAUUUAACAAAGUCCUUCCCUGGGAGAGAGACGCCGAUAUAACAUUUCUGACAGCAAACUAUACCGCAUUCAAGAAGCUUAGACCAAAGUUUAUCGAACAGGGCUAUUCUUUGACUGACGAUGAUCCGUCCUUGUGGUGCUGUGUUGACGGCAGGCAGGCAGGGGGCAAGUUUAGAGUCGGUACACCUGGUUUUACUAUCGAAAUGUAUGGACAGCACAUGAUGGAAUCAGAAAUACUAGCAGCUAGAGGACAGCCAUCCACUAAGAUCAAUUUCGCUGGAGAGUGGGUGAAUGUGGUUCGUAACCCAGGGUUGUACGCACGUAACCGAUAUGGUCCUAAUCACUUUAGGCAUGCUGAGCACUGGAUGGAUCUAGGCUAUGUUACAGGAUGGUCCUUCUAUAACCCAUCACACUUUACUCCGUGUCCUACUCCUGGACAUUCAGCAUGUUUGGAUCAGUAUCCAGCUGAUGGCAACAUACAGUUCAGUGAUUACACUACGCUAUAGUCUUAUUGUCGUGGUUACUCUCACGGUUACUAUAGCCUUGUUGUCAUGGUUACUCUAAAGGAUAACAGCCUUGUUGUCAUGAUUACUAUUAUGAUUACCACAGCUUUGUUGUCGUGGUUACUGUUUAGUUACCACAGUUUUGUUGUCAUGGUUACGAUUCUCUUCCACUUCCUUCUUUUAUUUGAUGUAAUAUUAAGUCAAUUUAUCCGUUUAUUCGUUAUGCUCAAUGUGCAAUAACUCCCUAGGCUAAUAUUAACAAUUCUAAACAGGACGUAAAACUAUGGCCUUGGACGUGCUAUGGCAUAUCAUGGCAAACGUAACGGAAUUCCUUUUAUAAACAAGGUGAGAUUGAGGAUUGAGCACGUGACUGGAUCACGUGGAUAACGUUACUGAAUUUUCAAGCCAAUUAUGUUGAUUUUUUCUUCGAAGAUACUGGGAAUAUUGGAGCAAAAAUGAUAUAAAAGUACGAAUGUUUGUGACCGAGAUUUAGAUAUCAUUUUUUGGGACAAUUUUAUGAUAACAGUAUUAGAAAUAUUUUCGGAAGGUUAAAUAUAUCAUUAAUACGUUUUAUUAAAAUAAUGUAAAAUGGUUUUUAAUGAGCGCGAUCAUAUCAUAAACCUAAAGGAAUGAA